UGGACCAAGUAUGAAUGCUUGACUAGCUAUGUCAAUCUUUUAACAGAUAUGGUAAGUUUGAAGAGUCACCACAGCCAUUGUCUUCCUCAAUUCCCUUGUAUAUAUUAGUAACAGAUAGCAGUGUGUCACGAGUACUGGCAGAGAGAGAGAUAGAGGAGAGAAGGAUAUAGAAAAAUGGAGGUAUGGAGAGGCUUGUUGGUGAUUUCGGGUUUGGUUUUGAUGAUGAUUGAUAUGCAGGGGAGGGGAUCAGAAGCACGUUUAGCAGAAAACUUCUACAGCUCUAGUUGUCCAAAUGUUGAAUUCAUAGUGAAGCAAGCCGUCUCUACGAAACUCAGCCAAAACCCUCCAACAAUUCCGGGUACUCUGCGACUGUUUUUCCAUGACUGCUUUAUUGAGGGAUGCGAUGCCUCGAUAAUGAUUGCUUCAUCAAAUGGGGAUGCAGAGAAGGAUUAUUCAGAUAAUCUUUCUUUGGCCGGAGAUGGAUUUGACACCGUAGUCAAGGCUAAGCAAGCAGUCGAAGCACAAUGCCCUGGCAUCGUCUCUUGUGCCGACAUUUUGGCACUGGCUGCCCGAGAUGUUGUAGUCCUAGCCGGAGGCCCUACGUUUAAUGUAGAAUUGGGGCGUCGAGAUGGACUGAUCUCGAAAGCCUCUCGGGUCCCUGGCAAUUUGCCUGAAUCAUUUUUUAACCUGAAGCAACUCAACACCAUGUUUGCCAAACACAACCUUUCCCAAACUGAUGUUAUUGCACUGUCGGGAGCGCAUACACUAGGCUUUUCGCACUGCAGCCGCUUUGCAAGCCGUUUGUACUCAUUUUCAAACUCAUCUGCCGUUGACCCUUCUUUGGAUCCAGGCUACGCCAAGCAGCUGAUGUCAACUUGCCCGCGAGAUGUGGGCACCAGCAUACCUGUCAACCUGGACCCAACUCCACAAACAUUUGACAAUGCUUAUUACCAGAACUUGGUUGCAAGGAAGGGCUUGUUGACUUCAGAUGAGGUUCUGUUCUCUGACUCUGCUUCUAAGCCUACUGUCAUAGAUUUUGCCAACAACCCUGGUAACUUCAAUGGAGCCUUCAUCGCCGCAAUGAGGAAGCUUGGCAGGGUCGGUGUGAAGACUGGUAAUGAAGGCGAGAUAAGGAAAGACUGCGCUGCGUUCAAUCAUGAUCAUGGUGAUAGCUAGCUGGGAUCAAUCCAUCUGGGAAUAAUGAAAUUACAAAAAGCACCAGCUUCAUAUAGUGAAAAUGAUCAAAUAAUAGUCUUCAAAGUGGAAGGGAUCAUAUUCAUCAUUCACGGUCAUGUUAUAUAUCAAAACAUAAGGCUAUUAACUUCA